AUGGCUUCCGUCUACAAAGUUGUCUUCAUCAGGCACGGUGAAAGCGUUUAUAAUCAAGAGAACAGAUUCUGCGGAUGGCACGAUGCAGAUCUCUCUCCUAAAGGUGAACAAGAGGCUCUUUCGGCUGGUCAAAUGAUCAAGGAGAAAGGUCUUUCAUUUGACGUUGCCUAUACAAGCGUUCUUAAGCGUGCUAUUAAAACUUUGAAUGCUGUUCUUGAAGUCAAUGAUCUUCAUUGGAUCCCUGUUCACAAGUCUUGGCGUUUGAAUGAGCGAAUGUACGGUGGAUUACAAGGACUAAACAAGUCUGAAACUGCCGCCAAGCAUGGUGAAGCUCAGGUUAAAAUCUGGCGUCGCGCUUAUGAUAUACCUCCACCAGCUUUGGAAAUCUCUGACGAUCGUUGGCCAGGCAAGGAAGCAAAAUACAAGAUGCUCGACAAAUCAUGCAUCCCUGUCACGGAAUGCCUGAAAGAUACUGUCGAACGUGCUCUGCCUUUCUGGUUUGAUGAAGUCGUCCCUUCAAUCAAACAAUGUAAACGUGUUCUUAUUACUGCUCACGGAAAUAGUCUUCGUGCUAUUAUCAAAUACUUGGACAAUAUACCAGAUAACGAAAUUGUUGAGCUUAACAUACCAACUGGUAUUCCAUUGGUUUAUGAACUGGACAAGGAUUUGCGACCAGUAAAGCACUAUUACCUUGCUGAUGAAGAGACCGUUAAGGCUGCAAUCAAUAGCGUUGCCAAUCAGGGCAAGGCUAAAUAA